AUGACACAUUCGCCAACGUCAACAUCGUCUUCCUCUCACCAAAACCUUAAUAUCAAUCAAUUUACUAAUACAGUCACAGACGACACCUUUACCUCCGCAAGUUCCCACUGGUCGACACCUGGCUUAGGGUGUUUGAACCGCGGAGUUGACGAACCUGAUUCCUCCCUCCAUCCGACUUACGCACUGCUGGGAACAGCAGUGACAGAGAAUCCGCAGUUUUUCCAUAAAUCUUCAUCUCAAAUGGCUGUUGGCUCCAACUCUAACAUUACUGAAACUAAUGGGGAAAAUGGUUAUUUUCCUGUUGACACCGGUUCGGGUUACUAUUCCCCUCAACCAGCGUCAUUUAACUCGCUUCUUCCUCGAACUCAAACACCACACACACCCCAAUCGGCAAUGCCAGAGAGCCCGAAAGCCGAUAAAGCAACGGGUGGUGUCAGUUUGCCGGGUUUUACGAGUCCAGAAUCAGCUUUUUACCAAUAUCAAAAUCGAAUGGAGGGACAACUCUGUCAAAUUUGUGGGGAACUUGCAGCUGGUUUCCAUCAUGGUGCUUAUGUUUGUGAGGCAUGCAAAAAGUUCUUCAUGCGCCAUUCCCUCGCCAACGGGAGAGCCACCACAACCUGUCCGUCGGGCGGCAAAUGUGUGAUCGCCAAGACCAGCCGCGGACGCUGCCAACAGUGCCGGUACAAGAAGUGUCUGGAGGUGGGCAUGAGUCUCAAGGAUAUGGACGGCCAAGGAGAACUGGACAUCUCCAACAUUCCAUGUCGCGUCUGCGGCGGUCGGUCCUCGGGGUUUCACUUCGGUGCGCUUACCUGUGAAGGCUGUAAAGGUUUCUUUCGACGCACAGAGGAGGCUGCCGGCAGACUGGUUUGCGUUGGUGGAAAGGACAAUUGCACCAUCACCCCAAGAAGCCGAAACGUCUGCAAGGCCUGUCGUUUUCGGCGCUGUCUUCGAGCUGGCAUGUCGAAACGCGGAAGUCGAAUAGGCCGACAGCCGAACGCGGUCAAAUUCCACUGUGCCAUAGAAAUUCGUCAAUUGCAAGACAGUGGUCAGCUUCUGGCCUCCGAAUUCGCCGCUGAAUCCCGUAAACACUGCUCACUUCCAACGUUGCUCUCCUCCCCCUCGAACGGACCCCCCUCCAUUUCACCGUCUUCAGUGGUUUCACCAGCUGGUAUAGGACCGGUCGCUUCACAGCGACGGGCUUCUGCCGGCGCCUGUGAUCUGGCAGGCUAUGCAGCCUCGACACUGGUGGCCUCCACUGCGACACUUCCAAAACGCAAGGCAUCUGCUCCGGUCAAAUUGGAGGGACUGAUAGGCAGCUGCCAGGAUUCGGUGGCUGCGCCAGCCUCUUUGAUUAGAACGCAAAUUCCAGGGUGUGAUGGCUCCCCCGGCUCGUCGUCAGAAGCCACAGUGUUGAGGACGGUCGGGCCAAACGAGGAAGUCAUGCUAGAUGGGAUCGCGUGGUUCAAUUACGGAAUGCGCACAGCGACUGAGUUUUUGCGGCUCCCCAACGCGUACUUCAAGUCGCGCUUCGACAUCAGCUCCAUUGACCCGGCCCACGUGGACGAUGCUCAUCGUGUGUGGGGCCACGUCAUGAAUCAUUUUCACCUUCACUCCCAGCAGAUCGUCCAAUUCGCCAAGCUUAUUCCAGGUUGGUUUCCACCGGAGCCAACUAGUAACUUAGGCAACUGUUUAUGUCUGGGUCACAACCGCAGCCGUUACCUUUUUGAACUGUGCUGCAUAGGCUUCAACCAGCUCAGUUUGGCGGGCCGUGGGAAUCUGGUGCGCGAGGGGAUGUACCCAGUGAUGCUGCUGCUGAUGGCACGCGACUUCGAGCCUGCAGAGGGCAAAUACAACUACUUCGACUUCACGCCCUCCGAGCGCGACGUCAUUCUUCGCCACUUCCCCUCCUACAACAGGGUCGUCGAACACUUGUCCAUUUCAGGUCGCUUCUUUCAACAGCUCAAUCUCUCCCUCUCCGAGUUCUCGUUCGUCUGCGCCAUUGAAAUACUCAGAACACAAAACCAGCCUCAAGAAGUCGUAGACCACAAGUGGACUCGGUUGGAGUCUCUCAGUGAGAUGCUUACGUCCAUGAGCAAAGAGCACCAAGACAUUGCCAUCCAAAUGAAGAGGACAAGGCCCGACCUGGGCUACCCGGACUUGUACGUGGAAAUGUACCAACUCACAGAUCCGCCAUUCUCAGCUAGGGCUCUUAUGAAUGUGUCCGUGUUGGGGACAGGCACCACAACCGACAAUUCCGAUCUUGCAAGUGAAACUCACUUUCCAUCGACCUCUGUCCUGAUCCAGCAGCCCGUUGCCACACCAUCAACUACAAUUGGUCAUUGGCAGCUUCAGUCACAUGCUAUCAAAAUGGAGGACAGUAAUUGGUCAGUACACGAUCACUGGAACGCGCCAGGCGUUCCGUCUGCCAAUCCUUAUCAGAUUUCCAAUUUCCUCGAAUCGAGUCGCCCAGGGCAACCGUAG